AUGAUUAUACGUAAACCAACAACUAUCACUUUGAAACCAGAGGAUGAUUAUUAAGAAUAUGAGGAUUUCAAGAAAAGAUAAGAUGAAUAAAAGAAAAGCUAAAUGCAAUAAAAGAAAGAGAUGUUUACUUGGUCACAGUAAUAGCAAGCAUAGGCAAUAUAUUAAGCUCCCAAAAACACAAGAAGAUCAAUUCAAGUUGCUUAAGAACCGACAAUUGAGUUUGAGCCUGAUUCCUACUUCGAUAUCAACAAUCAGAUUCCUGUAAACUAAUUAUUCAGAAUGAUAAAUCCAUCUCCUGAUGCCAUGUAAUAAGAGCCAUAAUGA